AUGGCUUAUGAACAAGCACAGCAUUUUGAGUUAUUAUUGAGUGCUAGAAAACCUGCCGUGAAUAUUUCAAUGUCGGAGUUGGCAGUUGAUGCUCUUGUAGUACCUAAAAAUAAACAUGAGUUUGUUACCUGCUAUAGUUGUAGAAAGCAAGGCCAUAUUGCUCGUUAUUGCCCACAAAACCCAAGAAAUUAUAAUGGAGAAAGUGAAAGACAAUGGAGCUAUAAUUCUAGAGCAAAUUACGGUUAUAGGAAUUAUGAUAGUAGACCAAGGCAAAAUUAUAAUGGAGGAUAUAGAAAUAAUAAAGGAUAUUCCACGAAUCGUCGUGAGGAAAAUAAUUCAUGGAAUUACCAUAAUAGGCAGUCACCGAUAAAUGAUAAUUAUAGAAAUGAUAAUUACAGGAAUUACAGUAGUCAUCAAAAUCGCCGAGAAAAGUCAAGCUCGAGAGAAAGUAGUAGGUCUUCUGAACAUAGAUCAGCACUGCGCGUUGGAUUCCACCGCAGAUCAAGCCCAAAUGUUAGAGUUGUGAGCCCACUACUAUUUGCGUUUAUUGCUAUUAUAUCAGUGUUUUGCAGUGCAAGCGCUCAGAAUCCGAUGUGUAAUGCCCCAACAUCGCUUUGGAAGUUUCCGGAUGCGCCGACCUGUUAUUCUUGGCAACAAUUCGAGUCACCGAUACCCCUAAACCUGUACGUGGACAGAGCAAAUACAUUAGAUUACAAAGCACCGGCGACAGUAUUUAAAUGUGUUAAAAGUAAAAUGUAUAAAAGAUUAGGCAUUUUUGGUUCAAAAAUGAAAGAAAAAUUAACAGAAAAUACAAAUCUACCGAUAUCUCAGCGCUGGCCUUCUAAAAAUUCUGGUGAAGAGAAAUCAAAUAAUACAGAAAAUGAAAAUAAAAUUGCUGAAGAUAAGAUAGUGGACAUCGAGUCCGGGAUUAGCGGACUCAGAACUAUAUCAUCCUUUUAG